AUGGGUCAUUUUCAACCAUUACUUCCAUUAUUUAAAACAAAUCUAACACGACGACGUUCUCGAACAUGGCAAAUUCUUGGAUUUGUUGUUUUGAUUUUUCUUGGUUUAACAUUAAUUGCUGUUCGAUAUUUACCAACAGUUGUUAUUGAUCCAGUAUCAGUACUUAAAAAUCGAGAUUUUAAAGAUAUAUUUGUUCCACCAAUACCUCGUCCACCAAUUAAUUGGCCUUAUCAAGAUCAUAAUCAUUCUUUACAUUUAGUUGACGAACAAUCAAAAUUACAACGAAAAAUUGAUCAAAAUAAAGCCGAAUCAAUUAAUUCAGAUGAUAAUAAACAUGAUAAUUUAAAUAAUAUUGAUAAAAAAACAAAUUUAUAUAAAACAUCAUCUCAAAUAUCAAUAUUACCUAAAGACAAUUUAACACAACUAUUUUCUAAUAUGUCUAUUGAAGAACUUCAAAAAAUUCAAUCAGCUGAAAUGCGUCGAGAAAAAGUUCGAGAGAUGGGUCUCUUUGGAAAUAAACGUGAAAAAUCUGAAAAGGUAGAUAAAUAUGAAUAUCAUGCAUCUGGUAAAGGUCCACGAUCUGGAUAUGGUCCAUCAUCAAUGUUAGCACCACCAUCAUCACCAUAUUUAACAGGUGCUUCUCCUUUUUUUGAUGCAUAUGGACAAGUUGCAUCACAAGGUAAAAUGGGUAAAUAUGGUAAAUAUGGUGGUCAAAAUAAAAAUGUUUAUGGUGCUGAUCCAUUACAACAAGCUAUGUUAUUACCACCACAAUCAGCUGCUGCAAUGCAAGCUCAAGCAGCUGCUAUGCUUCAAAUGCAACAAUAUAUGCAAGGACAAGGUGGUGCUGGUCAAUUUGCUGGUAUUCUUCCACCAAUUCAAAUGCCAUUAAGUGCUGCUCAACAAGCUGGUUUAGUUCCAAAUCAAGUUCAACCAUUUUAUGCUUUUCCUGGUCAACAAGUUGGAACACCUUACUUUGAUCCAAAUAGUCUUGGAUAUCAACAACAAGGUGCAUUUGCUCCUUAUCAACAACCAAAUAUGUAUGAUCCAUCAUCAGCAGCUAUGUAUGCUGGUCCAUAUGGUUAUAUGCCAGCUGCUUUUUAG